GUCUCUCUCCCUCCCACACUCGGCUCGCGCACAGAUCGGGGCGUCGACGUUUGGUGAUCGCUUUCACUUGAUCGGCCACUAUUUUGUGUUUAGGUACUAAUGGUAUUUUCACCUUGUGGACAGAUAGAAUUUUCUCUUCCCUCUGGUGGAACGUAAUGACUUCGACGGCGCUACAAACGGUGGAUACGGUCAAAUCGCAGAAUCGAUGCAUACUCUUCAUGAAAUGAGUCAAGAGGAGAUGGGUGUAACCACAACCCAAAUCGAAGAGAACACAGAAUACGUAUUAGAGCCGAUAUCAAAUCAUCCCACCUACCUUGAAGGCAGUCCAGAAUUCUACUCACCUCCAGGAGUUGUGAUGGCCCCAGACACCAAAUAUCAAACCUCAUACCUCAACAGGAACUACAGGGGGAGGUACACACACCACGAAAUGGGGUAUUCGGAAAACUACAGUCCCCAUCACUAUGAGCCUCCAUUUCAAACAGUUCCUGGCUCCAUACAACCAGGUGGUCACUGGGCUUCCGAUAUGGGGAAUCAUCAACAUCCUGGCUAUGCUAACAUCCCAAGAGAUGGUCACACGUCGCUCAACAAUUUACAGAAUCAUAUGAUCCCUGGGAUGCAUAGUCCAGUUUCAAUACCUGGCCAGGACAGUAAGCCAGUAAUACAAGCGGCUGUCUUAGCAGGAUAUUCAGGAAGUGGACCAAUACAGCUCUGGCAGUUCCUCUUGGAAUUAUUGACUGAUAAAUCGUGCCAAAAUUUCAUCAGCUGGACUGGAGAUGGUUGGGAAUUUAAACUAACAGAUCCUGAUGAAGUUGCUCGAAGGUGGGGUAUUCGCAAAAACAAACCAAAAAUGAAUUACGAGAAAUUAAGCAGAGGACUUCGUUACUAUUAUGAUAAAAACAUCAUUCAUAAAACAGCAGGCAAACGCUACGUCUAUCGUUUUGUGUGCGAUUUACAGAACCUUCUUGGGUAUUCUCCAGAAGAACUCCAUGCUAUGGUAGAACUAAAACCAGAUGUAAAAACAGAAGACUAACAGCCAUUGAACAUAAUCAGAUCUGGUCAUAUUUGUAAGAGGUUUAGGCAAUAUUUAUUGUACAACACAAGUUGUUCAAGACUUCAGCGAAGUAAGCAGUAUUGCUGGAUGAUAUGACACCAUAUUUACAGUUUUAACAAAGAAACCGUUCUAGUUACCAAAGUUUCAGGAUGUGGCUUCAUACGAUCAGAAACACUAGAGUAUUUAAGAGAAAAAAGACUAGUCAAUGAAAUUAAAGUCCUUGCUCUGGAUAUUAGCCACACCUUAUUUAAAAUGUUACAUAGUCAGUCUUCUUGCCUGCUUCAUUACAGAAACAUAUUUUGUAUAUAGUUGAGCCUAUUUAAUGCCAAUAUAUUUAUCCUUGAAUGAAAUAUGAAUAAUUAUAAAGCAAAUGAUUUUAUGCACACUAGGCACCAUUUAUAAAUAUUUUGAAAAUGUUGAUUUAUUUUUGACUAGUCUUUAUAUUUGGACAAAGUUUUACCAAUGUUGAACAUUCUAUUUAAUUCCUUAAAAUGUUGUGGCUUUUACAAGUGCCUUACAAAAGGCCAUCCUUAUGACUGUGUUUUUAUCAUGUGCAAAUCAUCAAUUUUUACCAUUAAUAUUUGCAAAUAUAUAGCUGGAAUGCCAAAUAUAACGAAGCAUUUUGUAAGAAAUGCUUAGUUAAAACACAGUUAAUUAAAAAAAUUAACUGUGUUUAAAUAAUAUACACAUAAUAUGUAAUAAAUUAACACAUAACUCAUUUUAUAUAAUAUUUGAAAUAAUUUAAAUGAAUAAUAAUUACUAAAAUUUUUAAGCUAAAUUUAAAAAUCACAGAAAGUAAAUUAUUAAUUUACUAAAAGUGCAUGAAAAAUUUUAAAAACAGACAUUGAUUUCUCUCGAGUUCUAACAUGCUUUAUAUAUAGUUCUAACAUAAUUUAUAGCCAUGCAAAAUAUAUCAAGAUAUAACAGGAAACCUAGUAUUGGUUCUUAAAAGUUUUUAAUAUUAAAAUAUACUGUAGCAUAUUUUUUGUAGCAGUCAUAAUCAUAAUUAGAAUCAAAGGUACUAUUCCGUUUUGAAGACCGUAAAAAAAUUGCAGCGAAAAUGUAUGUGCAAAAGCGCCAAAUCUAGCAAACGCGCCCAUUUAACAGUGCGCCAAAUCUAGCGUACGCGCUGAUUUCAGA